AUGGGGCAGCGUGUCCAUCCCAUGUCAUCCUGGCCCCACACCACCAGCCAGGCUUUAUGUCUCCACCUGGCACUAGCCCAACAAAUAACUCCCUGUGGGUGGUUCUCCCUUCCAGCUUCUGCCAUGCUGGCACUCCUCCCUGCGCUGCCCUGCCUGCUGCUGCUCCUCUCCCUGCUAGGCCCUGGCUCUGCCUCUGAUGAUGGCACUGUGGUGCUCACCAGCAGUGGUCCCGUCCGGGGCAAGCACCUCUUAGUCGGCUCCAGCAGAGUCACCGCCUUCCUGGGCAUCCCCUAUGCCAAGCCCCCCAUGGGGCCCUUGCGCUUCAAGAAGCCAGUUCCCCACAAGCCUUGGAGGCGCGUCCUGGAGGCCACCAGCUACGGCAACUCCUGCCCGCAGCAAGUGUUUUCUGGUUAUCCUGGCAGUGCCAUGUGGCUGCCUACCACACCGCUGUCAGAGGACUGCCUCUUCCUGAACCUCUGGGUACCCCAGCCCCAGCCCCCCACUCUGGUCCCCAUCCUCGUCUGGAUCCACAGUGGGGGAUUCUUCCUCGGCACAGCCUCCCUUGACGUCUAUGAUGGGCGCUUCUUAGCCGCCGCUGAGAGCGUCAUUGUGGCCUCCAUGAACUACCGGCUGGGGGCGCUGGGCUUCCUCUCGCUGCCGCCAGCCGCCCCAGGAAACGCUGGCCUGUGGGACCAGCGCCUGGCACUGCGCUGGCUGCAAAAGAAUGCAGCCGCUUUUGGUGGGGACCCAGCACGGAUGAUGCUAUUUGGCCAGAGCGCUGGUGGUGCCUCGGUUGCCUUCCACCUCCUCUCACCAGGGAGCCGGCACCUCUUUGCCCGGGCUGCGCUGCAGAGCGGAGUUGCCAAUGCACCUUGGGCUUCGCUGAGCGCAAAGGAGGCCAGGGAGAGAGCCCGGGCACUCGGCCGACUGAUGGGCUGUGGCAAGGGCAGUGACGGUGCUGUGGUAGACUGUCUGAAGAGGAAAGAUUCGGAGGAGUUUGUCCGACACGAUUUCACCAUCACAAGGAACAAGAGGCUGGUUGAUUUCCCCUUCUUGCCCACAGUGGAUGGGGAUUUCCUCCCUGAUGAGCCACGGCGGCUGCUGGAGGCCGGGCACAUCCACACCAAACCCAUCCUCACUGGCAUCACUGCCAAUGAAGGCUCCAUGUUCCUGAUGUUCGGCGCUCCCGGAUUCAGCCUGGAGAAUGACAGCCUGAUCAGCUGGGAGGAGCUGGUGGAGGGGGUAAGGUUCAUGGUGCCAGGAUUGCCAAAUGUCUCCAUCCAGGCAGCAGCGCUGAGGUACAGCCAAGAGGGGAAGGGGCGCGGCCUGGCGCAGCACCGCUGGGCCAUGAACCAAGCUGCCAGCGACUACCUCUUCUUGUGCCCCAUGACUGAGCUGGCCGGGCAGCUGGCGAAGGCUGGGACCCCCGCGUAUGUCUACGUCUUUGCACACCGCUCUUCCGGCUCGCUCUGGCCCCACUGGAUGGGGGUGGUGCACACCACCGAGCUACUCUAUCUCUUCGGGACCCUGGCAUCCGAGGGGGGAGCCAACCACACACACACGGAGGCCGAGGCGGCACUCAGCCGCAGGGUGAUGCAGUACUGGGCGGAGUUUGCCAGGAGUGGGAGUCCCACAGGGACAGACAGGAGCAAGGGGCACUGGCCCCUCUACAACAACACAGAGAAGAACUUCUUCCAUAUCAGCAAGAAUGAGUCUCAGGUCAAAAGGCCAUUGCCCACACGGCACUGCAGCUUCUGGGCACGUCUUGAGAGGAUCUCCGGACCCAAGGGCCAACAGAUCCCCAGGGCCUAGGGGGUGAAUGGAAACCAGAACAAAGAAAUUAUCAUGUGGGGGGAAUCUCACUGUCCGGCCGGGUGAAGGAAUCUUGUGGCAGGACAGAAGAUGACAGCACCACCCCCACAUCUGUCUAUUCUCAGAGCCUCCCAAAUCCAUGCUCUGCAGACCUCAUUGCUAGGUACAUCUGGAGAGUACCCUGCCCUCUCAGCUCCCAAACCAGCUGCUUCUGUCAAAGAGAGAUAUUACUGCUCCCUUUGGGGGCGCAGUAAUAACUCUCUUAUCCUCUCUAUGGGGCCCAUGAUCACUCCCACUGGGCCAGGCUCUCAUAUGUCCCACAGUGCUUCCACUCCUGGGCUCCAGCCCCAAGACGGGUCAACCCCUUUCUCACACCACGAUUCAGCAAAUUGCACCCCAGAGAACUGCCAUCCAUCCCCCAUCCACCACACACACCUCUGGGGUCAUGAUCCCCCCGCCCCAACACACACACAUACACUGCUGCUGACUGGUUCAUUAACAAGGACCAUGACAACGAACUGGCCAACCAUCCAAAGCUUU